UCGGCAGCGGUGGUUGCCGCCGGAAGCGGCGGGAGGCAGCGUGGGACCGGCGCUGAGGCGGGUUCGGGCUGCCGGAGUGGGCAGCAUCGCAGCAGCGGAGCUCCGGCCUCUUCCUUCCUUCCUUCUUUCCCUCCCUUCGCUUCGCUGCAGCGGCGGUACCGAUGAGCGGGCUUCGAGCGCCGGGCGGGCGGGCGGCGGCGACGGCGACCCCGGUGCCGACCUGCCUGCUUCUGCUGGGGCUGCUCCUGCCCGCUGCCGCCGCCGGCGGGGGAUGCGAGCUGGAGGCUGCGGACGUUGGCGGUGGCCGGCGGGGAGGACGGGGAGGCGCCGCCGCCUCUGCGGCGGAGACGGCGGCGGUUGUGACAGAUCCCUGCAGUUCACUCAGCCCACCGUGCUUUACAGAGGAGGACCGAUUCAGCCUAGAAGCUCUCCGGAUGAUCCAUAAGCAAAUGGAUGAUGACAAAGACGGUGGUAUUGAAGUAGAUGAAAGUGAUGAGUUUCUAAGGGAAGAUAUGCAAUACAAGGAUGCCUCUAAUAAACAUAGUCACCUGCACAGAGAAGACAAACAUAUCACCAUUGAGGAUCUGUGGAAACGCUGGAAAACAUCUGAAGUUCAUAACUGGACUCAAGAGGACACUCUUCAGUGGCUGUCAGAAUUUGUUGAACUGCCCCAAUAUGAAAAGAAUUUUAGAGACAGCAAUGUCAAUGGAACAACACUUCCCAGGAUAGCAGUAAAUGAACAUGCUUUCAUGAUCUCUCACUUGAAAAUAAUUGAUCGGAGCCAUAGACAGAAGCUUCAGCUUAAAGCCUUGGAUGUUGUUUUAUUUGGACCUCUCACACGUCCCCCUCACAACUGGAUGAAGGAUUUUAUAUUAACAGUUUCUAUAGUUAUUGGUUUUGGAGGCUGCUGGUUUGCAUAUACACAGAACAGAACCUCAAGAGAACAUAUCACAAAAAUGAUGAAAGACUUAGAAAGCCUCCAAACAGCAGAGCAAAGUCUUCUUGACCUUCAGGAAAGGCUUGAGAAGGCACAAGAAGAGAAUAGAAAUGUUGCUGUGGAAAAGCAAAAUCUGGAGCGCAAAAUGAUGGAUGAGAUCAAUGAUGCAAAACGGGAAGCACAUCGCCUAAGGGAGUUGAGGGAGGGAGCUGAAUGUGAGCUCAGCAGGCUCAAAUAUGCAGAGGAAGAGCUAGUACAGGUUCGCAUGGCUUUAAAAAAGGCUGAGAAGGAGUUUGAGCUGAGAAGUAAUUGGUCUGUUCCUGAAGCUUUGCAGAAGUGGCUUCAGUUAACACAUGAAGUUGAAGUACAAUAUUACAAUAUCAAAAGACAGCAUGCAGAAAUGCAAUUAGCAAUUGCCAAAGAUGAGGCAGAAAAGAUAAAAAAGAAGAGAAGCACUGUAUUUGGAACACUACAUGUUGCACACAGCUCCUCCCUGGAUGAAGUGGACCAUAAAAUCCUUGAAGCAAAGAAAGCACUCUCUGAGCUGACGACAUGUUUGCGAGAGCGUCUUUAUCGAUGGCAACAGAUUGAGAAGAUUUGUGGUUUUCAAAUAGCACACAAUUCUGGGCUACCAAGCUUGACCUCCUCUCUCUACUCUGAUCACAGCUGGGUAGUUAUGCCUCGAGUUUCCAUUCCUCCUUACCCAAUUGCAGGGGGAGUUGACGACUUAGAUGAAGAUACUCCUCCAAUAGUUUCACAGUUUCAUGGGUCCAUUGUAAAACCUCCCAGCACACUGGCAAGAAGCAGUAGCUUGUGUCGAUCAAGACGCAAUGUUGUGCCAUCAUCUCCACAGUCUCAGCAUGCUUUGCACUCCCCUGACCCUGACAUCCUUUCUGUGUCGAGCUGCCCAGCUCUUUAUCGAACUGAAGAGGAGGAGGAAGCCAUUUACUUCUCUGCUGAUAAACAAUGGGAAGUACUGGAAACAGGUUCGGAAUGUGACUCCUUAAAUUCAUCCACUGGAAGGAAGCAGUCUCCUCCAGCAAGUCUUGAGAUGUACCAGACGCUUUCUCCUCAGAAAGUAUCCCCAGAAGAAUUCUCACUGGAGGAAUCAUCUACAGGAGACUCCUCUUCUCUAACUGCAGAUAUUUCUAGGGGCUCUCCUGACUGUGUAGGCAUGGCAGAAACUAAGAGCAUGAUCUUUAGUCCUGCAAGCAAAGUUUAUAAUGGAAUCCUGGAGAAGUCCUGCAGCAUGAACCAGCUUUCAACUGGGAUCCCAGUCCCAAAGCCUCGGCACACUUCAUGUUCUUCAGCCAGCAGUGAUAGUAAACCCUGCCAUGAAGCUGCUUCUGUCCCUAGGAUAAGUAGCAUCCCACAGGACCUGUACCAAAAUGGUGAAAAAAACAAAAAGCCAUCAAAAAUAAAAAGCCUCUUUAAGAAGAAGUGUAAGUGAGGUGGACAGAAGAAACCUAUAGUAAUGUUAUAGAACUCUAUUUUUUAAAUAUUUAGGAAUGUAAUUCCAUUUGAGCAUUCCAGACUGGAUGCCCUAAUGGAAUGCUCGGUAGGUCAACUAUAUUUAACUGACUGUACUAUCAAAAGUCAUGCCAGCUGUCAAUGAGAAAUCAUUAAAAAGUUCAGACAGUUUACAUUCAUUUCUGCCUAUUUAUUUCUUCUUUUUUUUAGUUUUUCUUUUUUAGUUUUUCUAUUUUGUUUUGCUGGGGUUUUUUGUUUUCUUUAUUCAUAAACCAUUUUUAAGCCACUUUGGACUUCUAAGCUUUAAUGGACUAGUAAGCCUUCCUGGGCUUGCCAAAGUUUCUUGUUUACCGGAGCAUCUUCCUAUCUUUCCGUAGAGCUAGGACAUUUAUCUACUGGACUUUAAGAAAAAUAAAAGAAGUAGAACUAAUUGAAUUGCACUACUGUUUUACAGACUGGAAAAGUCGCUCUGCAAGUGAAACUGAAAGACUUGUAUUUGACUGAGAAGAUGAAUCUUUUCACUUUUAGAUCUUUUGGGGUUUUUAAGUAGAACUUAGGAUUUCUAAUUGACUUGAUUUCUGGAAAUGGAAAUGCCAUGCUUUUAUUAUGGGAAGCUUUGUUAGAUGCAUUUAUUAUUAGAAUGGUUCAAGUCCUGCUGUAAAGAUCAUGUUUUUCCCAGGACUUUCACUGUGAUUUUACUUCACUGCAGGCUGUAUGACAAAAAAAAAAAAAAAAAAAAGAAAAAAAAAAGAACAAA